AAUACCCAAGUGGCCCGUUGUUGCCGUAGCCCUCAGUACGUGAGGUGUGUCGUUCUAGCCGGGAGCCGAGAACCACUGGCGAGACAGUAGACUGUCGCCGAGACUGUGGUUUAAAUGUUGAACUGAUUUGUAUUAUUCAGGAGAAUAUAUUUAGUGAGACACAUACUUCUGCCUUCACCAGGAUUAGGUACUACGUGUUUUCACUUAUAUUUGACUGUUUGACAUCAGUGACUGAGCUCGAUCCCGGUAAGUCGACGAACGAGUGUGUAACGGUUUUGAACAGUGACCCGAGCAGGCAGAGUGAGAGAGCGAGGCAACCACCAAGGCUCAGACAACCAUUGAACCUUUAGAAAUACCAUCAUAGGUCACUUUUUUUUCACCUUACACCAUGGAUGAGCUCGCUGAAAGUUACAUCGAAAGUUUUGACCUUUUCAUGGACGGCCACGACUUGCACCAGUUACACAGUUCGAUGGUGAAGUCGGAAUUAGGCCUGUGCACAAGCCCUACCGGCACUGCAGCGGUGGCGGCUGCGGCGAGCCCUCAGACGCAGCCACAGCAAACCUGCUCCGGAGCUGGGGUCACGGCUCAGGUCACCGGCCAGCUGCAAAUGCCCCAAAGCCCAAUCCUGUCAGCUGUGGCUACCAGCAACAUGGGUUACAACAGUGGCAAUAGCACUCCCGCCAACUCGAUCCCUCCUUCUCCAACAACUCCUCUACCAGCUUCUCAAACAUCUUUGCCCUCGCCCACUCGCUCAUUAUCAAGUUUUGGCAGCACCUUCGGUGAUAGAGGUUAUUUUGAGGACUGGUUUUUGAAAUUAGGAUCCCAGUGCUCCUCAGAAGAUGGCAGCUCAACAAAUAAACUCGAUGUCAAGACGAGUUCACUUGAUGAACUAUUGCGAUCUUUGGAGCCUAGUAAUGUGCAUCACCAUAAUCCAGUAUCUCCAUCUGUAAAAUCGGAAGUUCCUGAUGUGUCUUGCAGGGGUAACAAUGAAUUUGACGUUGACUAUGAUGACGAUAAUGAACUUGAUGUUGAGGACGAUAAGAACAGUGUUGCUAGCAGUUCUUUCUGUACGCUUAACCGACAGGGUGGAAGAAAAGGUGGUGUACUUUCACCGGUUUCAGGUAUGUCUCCAGAAAGUUCAGUUAUCGAUGAUGAGGAUCUCGUGACACUGCCAGUCCGUGAGUUGAACAGGCGUCUUCAGGGAUGCCCCAAGAGUGAAGUUCAGCGUCUCAAACAGAAAAGACGCACUCUGAAAAAUCGUGGAUAUGCUCAAAAUUGUCGUUCAAAGCGAAUGCUACAAAAGAGUGAGUUAGAAACAACAAACAAGGCACUGUUGCACAAGAUAGCGGAUUUGAAGCGUCAGUUGAGCGCUUCUGUUCGGGAAAGAGAUUUUUACAGACAACGCUGCCAUCUGCUCAAAACGGAACUUGUGCGAGCGUCACAUACAGGGACAACGGGGUUUGAAGAAUUUUUAUGUGCAGUUAAAACUGAGAAGGAUUAUAAUAUUUUUAAUGACUUAAAGAAGAGUCCUCCAAGCGAGUCUCCCAAGUCCAGGGCAGCACAAAAUAGCAAUGAAAAUAAUUUUCUAAUGUAACUCAUUUUAUCUCUUUUGGACUCUUUCAAAGAUUUUGUGUUUCGUUUUCCUUUACUUUAGUUUGCUUUUUUUUGUGAGCACUUUUACAGUGGUAAAGUUAGAGAAAAAAAGCAAUGGCAAUCUUGAGUUCUAGGUUUUAACUUAAAUGUUCUUUUAUUAUUUGCAUGAGUUGGUCUUUUUUUUGUGGUGAGAAAGUUACUUGAAAGUAAUUGUUUGUUUGUUGAUUAUUUUUUUUAG